UUUUCCAGCAAGCGAGAAAUCAUAAUUUUAUGAUUUCCAGCAAGCGAAAAAGAGAUAUAUAAUAUAAAGAGUGCUCGAAUUAUUAUAUGUUUCUUUAUCUGUUUAGAUAGACUUAUCUAAAUCUUCGUGACAAAUGAAAGUCCAACGUAUAACUAUGACUUUUCGGGACAUGUCCGGACAAAACUUGUUCCAAUUAGAUCCACAUUUUCAUUCCUGACUUGUUUCCAUUGCAUGGCAUACUCUGUCUGUCCACAGGGUUCAACCUGGAUUUUGGGUGAGCACCUUGACCCUCCCAAGGUUCAAUCCGAUCGACCUGUGCAGAAGACCAUAUCAUGAUGGAGCCUGCCGAGAUCGACGUGCUAAAAGCAUUUCUACAUCCUGAAGUGGUGAUGUUUGAGUUUGGAGCAGGCGUGCUUUGCCCAACGCUUCGGCAAACCUCCUCCCCCGUACCACUUGCAGCCCUCUAUGUUCGCCCAUGACGUACAUGUAAGCGAGCUUAGACAAGCGUCGCUUCCGGGUGAACCCAAAAUUCAGAUCCACCCAGUAAUUACCGCCGAUUCAGUGCCACGACCCGAUGGCCGGGACCCGGUGGCCGGGCAGGAGGCUCCACGGUGGCCUUUUCUGAGUUGGUCAAAGAGCUCUAUGUGGCGGAGCACACCCCAGUUGGGCCCAAGAGGUGAAGGAGCGCUGUGAUGCUCGCGGCAUCCGGAAUGUGCACUUGCUCUCCGCCCUGCCCAAUCGGAGCGCCUUGGAGCAAAUGGGCGCCACCGACUGCGGAAUUCUUCGGCCUCAGCUGGUUUUUGACAAGGCAGACCCCUUGCGCAAGACUUAUGGGCCCAAUCUCGAUCCCAAAUGGCGAGAUGCUUCUCCCGCGCAGCGGGAGGCCGUUUUCAAGGACUACUUGAAGUUGAUCCAAGAGGCGAAUCAGUCUCGCUUCGAUGUGGUUUUAAUCGAUGGACGCGUACGUGGUGAAUGUGCACUCGCUGCUUUGCCUUAUGUAGAUGAGAGAUCAGUGGUCAUCAUUCACGACUGGUUCUUGGAGGAGUGGGGUUAUGAAUUUCGACCUGAUGGCACACAGGAUUUGUCCAAACCUGUGAAAGUUGCUCCACGUGGCACGCUGAAGAGCUAUCGUCGAGUUCUCGAUUUUUAUGACAUUCUGUGUAGAGUUUCCCCUGAGACACACCCCGUGCGCUGUAGCUGUGCUGGCUUGGUGGUCUUGCGCAAGAAGAUGCAAUCAAGUGCAUGAAUUUGAAGGAGUCAAUGACACUUCAACACGAGAGAUCAGAGAUAGCGUGAGUGAGCCACGUUGUCUAAUUUUCACCAAAAGGGUGAGUGUCCGACCAAAGAUGGGCACACAAGGACCAAGGAUGCAAAACCACACAUGCUUCCAGGCACAC